GGCCAGAGUCUAGUUCCCGGAGAGGGUGACACAUGUUGUUACUGUCAAGCGAGCAAUAAAAGUUCCGCAGUGACACUCAGCCCCUCCCCUGUGACUUCCGAGCCAGGAAAGGACAUCGCUCCCUUGGUGCCCACCUACCCACUCCCCCCUGGCGAGGAGUGCUGGUUUCCUUUGGGCGUUCAGUUUCUACCGGCUUCCAGUUUCCAUGCCUCAUCUCAACAAACCGGUCAUCCCCCUGAGGCAGCUCGCCUUCAUGGCUGGGACCCCCACACAGACCUUCAGGGCUGGAGUCCAGAACCAGAAGAAUAUAAGGAUCUACCACAGCGCAGCCGCGAGGGGCACAGUAGCAACGCACAAAGCCCCUACAUACAGAUUGACCUACUGAAAGAAUACAACAUCACGGGGGUACUUACCCAAGGGGGUGGUGUGUUUGACACAUACGUUUCCAGCUUAUAUCUGCAGUUUAGCCGAGAUGCAAAACUGUGGUACAUCUACAAAGAGCUUGUGACUGACGCGCAGCCCAGAGCUAAGGUUUUUCAUGGUAAUCACAAUGAGGGAGGGGUUGCUGAGAUCAAAUUGGACCGGAUGGUGUCGGCUCAGUUUGUCCGCCUGCUACCACAUGAUUUCCAUAAUGGCAUCUAUCUUCGUCUUGAAAUUAUGGGAUGUGAACAUGGGUAUCGCUGGUCAACCGUACCCACACCGACUUGGACCGUCUCGCCAAUGGGUGGCUGCAGAGAAAAAGAACUCCAGUGCAAAAAUGGACGCUGUGUACCAGCCGGCCCGUCAGGAGUUAUCUGCGAUGGGGUCGAUGAUUGUGGUGACGGCUCGGAUGAGAUGUACUGUGGCACACAGACCUACCCGACAAGUCCUCGGAGCUGUCUGGGUGGUCAGUACUUAUGCCUUCCACCAGGGGGCUGUAUCGACACAGGAAAACGUUGCGAUGGGAUUCCUCACUGUCCCAGAGGAGAUGAUGAAAGUGAAUGUCACCUGCCUGAGAACGUCACGGCGCAGUCUGACAG